CUCUCUCAUAACUUGCGCCCUCUCUCGCUCUCUGUCGUAACUUGCGCGUUGAGACGGUUCCAGCGCCCCCACCACCCAAAAAAAAAAAGAAAAAAAGUCUUUUAAGUUUUUUUGCCACUGCUCAAAAGUUUGAGAGAGGGAGAGAGAGAGAGGCGAUGGAAAGAAAGGUGGUGGUUGUCUGUGCUGUUGUGGGCUUCCUUGGGCUCCUCUCUGCUGCGCUGUCUUUCGCCGCAGAGGCUACAAGGAUCAAGGCAUCUGAUGUACAAACGCUAGCUCCGGAUGAGUGCAGGUAUCCAAGAAGCCCAGCUUUGUCCCUUGGAUUAGGUGCAGCAGUAGCUCUUAUGAUAGCUCAGGUAAUUAUCAAUACUGUAGCUGGGUGCAUAUGUUGCAAAAGGAACUCACGGCCAUCAGAUAGGAAUUGGUCUGUAGCUUUGGUCUCCUUCGCUGUAUCAUGGAUCACAUUCAUAAUAGCAUUCCUUUUGCUACUAUCUGGUGCUGCACUGAACGACCAAAAGGACGAGCAAAACAUGUACUUGGGUGACUAUUGCUACAUCGUCAAGCCAGGAGUAUUUUCAGGAGGAGCGGUCCUUUCUCUCGCCAGCGUAGCUCUCGGGAUAAUUUAUUAUGUUGCUCUCUCUUCGUCCAAGAACACUGCCGGUCCUCAGCCUUGGGGAACUCAACCGCAAAACCAAGGGAUCGCUCUAGGCCAGCCUCAGAUCCCUCCACGAAGUGAACAACCUGUGUUUGUGCAUGAAGACACUUAUAAUAGGCAGCAAUUUCAAUGAGCAUAAAUCGCAAGUUCUUUUGCCAUGUACAUAGGAACCAUGUUAGCAUUGUAAUCCUUAACUUGAUCUCUGUUGUAACUUAAAAAAGGUUUUUCCAGAGUAUAUGAGAAGGGAGGGCAGUGUGCUUGUUUGUUGUAUCUGAAGAGUUUGAUAGAAGCUUGUGAUUGGUGUGGUUUUGCUUAA